AUGGUGAAAGAAAUCAAAAUUGACAAAUUAUAUUCAGGGUUUGAAAAAAAACCGAUUAUAGAAGUAAAAAUCGACAACCAAAAUGUUUUUGGUAAAGAUCUUUAUGCAAUUUUAGGUGUUUCACGCAAUGCUGAAAAAAAGGAAAUCGAAACUGCUUAUAAAAAAAGUGGUUUAAAGUGGCAUCCCGAUAGACCCGCUGGACGAACCCCGGAAGGUAAAGCAAAACUUGAAGAAAUAAGGCUCGCCUAUGACAUUUUAAAUACCUAUAGAAAUAAUUAUGACAACGAACUUAGAAACGGAACACUCUGUUUAGACAAAAUAAAUAAUCCACAAUUCCGUGGUCGUCUCAUAGAAGAACUUAAUAAAAAAGGACAUCUUGCUACUUUUGAUCAAAUCAAUAGUUAUGCAUCACGAUUCUGUGCUAUCUCGGGUAAUUUGUUGUCUAUUGAGCAAAUAAUUAAAUCUAAUGGCGUUUACGAAAUGAAACUUUCUUCGCUUGUUGAAAGAUUUGCUGAUCCUGAAUCAGCCGAUCAAGUUGAACAAGUAUACAACAAGAUUGUUCAAGAAAUUCACAAAAGGGCCGAUGCUAAAGGGACAAGCAAUCCUAACGACCAAUUAAAAAGAAAAAAGGUCGAAGAAAUGAAAAAAUUUAAUAAUUUUUCUUUGUUAACUGAAACUGGAGAAGAUAAGGAAUAUGAAGAAAAAAUUUUAAAUGCUUGUGCCGAGAAAGGACAAUGA